UCUUAUUUCUUUUAUCUGUUGACAAGAAGUCGUGCGGCUGUGGUAUUUCUUUAUGCCGGCCAAGUUUUCGACAAAAUACCUAAAAAUGAGUGUUUCUCCAGAAUUACAAGCCGAGGCUUUAUCGUUGGUUCACCAAUUUCUUUUAACUGUAGAUAAAUCAUUGGCAGACAAGUUUUUGACAAAAACAAAGGCGAAACCGAGAACAAAGAAUUUGCCAUCGUUGCUUGAUAUUAUUUCUCAGGUUAAGAAAAUUAAUAUUAAGCCUGUACAGGAUGCUAAAAAGCCUGCAGAUAGCUCGGAUGAUUCAGACAGUGAGGAAGAACAAAAAAAACCCACUGCUUUAAAUAACUCCAAAAGUGUUCCUGCUGUGAAGAAACAGGAAUCAUCAGAUUCCGAUAGUUCUGAAGAUGAAAAACCAAAACAACCUGCAAAGGUCAAUAAUGUUGUGAAUAAUAAAGCAGCAGCUAAGAAAGCAGAGUCAUCAGACGACAGUGACAGUGAAGACGAUGCCACAGCAAAACCUACAAAGCAACCCAUCAAACCUCAGCCUGUUACUGCUGUCCCAAAAACUGUUAAAAAGAAGGAUUCUUCAGAUGAUAGCUCAGAUAGCAGUGAAGAUGAAAAGCCCAAAACGCAGAAUAAUGUUAAUAAAGGAAAAGGUGCUCCUCCAGCAAAAGGUUCUCCACAAAAACCUCCAGUCAAAAAAGCUGAUUCCUCAUCAGGCAGUGAAGACAGCAGUGAUGAUGAAAAUACUAAGAAACCUGCAAGCAAACCUGUAGCAGCAGCCAAACCCCAGGUUACACCUGCCAAGAAACAGGAAUCAUCGUCAGAUGAUAGUGACAGUGAAUUUGAGAAAGGUAAAGGAAAACCAAAUCCUCAAGCCAAACCAAUUACUCCUCAAGUCAAACCGGCUCAAAAGCCCAAGAAACAAGAAUCAUCCUCGGAUAGUGAUAGCAGUGAUGAUGAACCAUCAAAACCAGCUCAGAAACAACCACCAAAGCAAGCAGCUACUAAACCGGUUGCAAAGCCUAAAGCUAAAGAUUCUUCAGAUGAUAGUGACGACUCUGAAGAUGAAAAGACAAAAACUCCUCAAAAAUCGGCUGCAAAGCCUCAGGUAACACCUGCCAAACCCCCUGCAGCAAAGAAACAGGAGUCAUCAUCUGAUGAGGAUAGUAGUGAUGAAAAAGAGAAACCCAAGGUUAUUCCCAAACUUCAAGCCCCUGCAGCCAAACCUAUAGGUAAGGUAAAUAAAAAACCAGAAUCCUCAUCUGAGGAUAGUGACGAUAGCAGCGAUGAUGACAAGAAACCGGCACAGAAACAGGCUGCUAAACCAGCAGCAAAAGCUACUCCAGUUAAAAAACAAGAAUCCUCCUCUGACGAUAGUGAUGAUGAACCAUCAAAAACAGCUAAGGUUGUGCAAAAACCUCAACCUACACCAGUGAAGCCAGCUGCCAAAAAACAGUCUUCAUCAGAUGACAGUGACAGUAGUGAAGACGAAAAAACUAAAAAGCCUCAAGUAAAAGCUCAAGCUAAGCCAGUCAAAAAACAAUCCUCUUCUGACAGUGAUGACAGUAGUGAAGAUGAAAAACCAAAAAAAACCCCCACAGCCACUCCGAAAGCUAAGGCCAAAGAGGAAUCAUCAGAUGACAGUGAUGAAGAUAAACCAAAAGCAGCUGCCAAGAGGCAAGCAGACUCUAGUGAUGAUAGUGACGAAGAACCUUCAUCUAAAGUACAAAAAAAGGAAGCAAAACAGGCUAUGCAAAAUGGUUUCCAGGGGAAGAAACGGAAAGCAUCGGGCGGAGAAGAUCCUAAUCCCAAAAAGCCAUACAACAACUUUGUUAAGGAGGGUGAAAACGGAGAGGACGAAGAUGGGGAAGAGGGCCAGGGCAACAGGUCCGGUGGAUGGCAAGACAGGGGUCGCGGGGGGUUCAAUCGCGGCGGCUUCCGCGGCCGCGGGGGCUUUGACGAUAGAGGGGGGCGGGGAGGUGGCUUUAGAGGACGGGGCGGCUUUAACGACAGAGGAGGCCGGGGCGGCUUUAACGACAGAGGCGGACGAGGCGGCAGGGGCGGGUUCGGACGCGGGGGCGACCGGGGCGGGCGCGGCGGAUUCGAUCGUGGCGGGCGCGGCGGCCGGGGCGGGUUCGACAGGGGCGGACGCGGAGGCGACAGGGGCGGGCGCGGGGACAGACACUCUUGGGGCGGUGACAGGGGUGGAUUCAAUAAAGGAGGAUUCAAAGAUAGAAAGAGCUUUGAUGGAGGAGACAAUAAUUCUCAAAAUAAAAAGAUUGUGUUUGAUUAAAGGGUGGAGCUCGCGGAUCGUGGGGUGAGCGCGCCAGCCUAGACUUGAAACAUACACGUGGAAAGUCAUUCAAACAUGAGAAAACUAAGAAAAAACGAGGUUCAUACCGCGGCGGUGCCAUCGACACAGCUGUCCAUUCCAUCAAGUUUGAAGAUUAACAGUUUUAGACAAGUGUCAUUAAACUCCGUACUGUCAUUUUAUCAUUACUCAUUAA